GAAAGAGAACUGCCCCUGGUAGUAAAGCUCUCAGGAGGGUAACACAACAUUACACUGCGCACUGGCAACGCUGGAUUUGACGUAUUAUUGUUAUUAAACCACAGUUUGACCGUGACCAGUCCCCAUCGGAGGAGGAAAAUGGUCACCAUGGACGAACUUAGUGAAAUGGAUUGCAACGUUUUGAAGAGGCUGAUGAAGGACGACAGUGCGAAAUGUCUGCUUUUGGACUGUAGAUCGUUUUUAGCGUUCAGCGCAGGUCACCUUCGCGGUGCUGUAAAUAUUCGCUGUAACACGAUAGUUCGGAGGCGAGCGAAAGGCUCCGUUAGUUUGGACCAGAUUCUGUCCGGUGACGAUGAAGCGAGAGCCCGUCUAAAAUCAGGACUGUACUCCGCCGUUAUCUUGUACGACGAGCGGACCUCCGAUACAAACAAUAUGAAAGAAGACAGCACAAUCACCCUGGUACAUAACGCUUUGUGUAGGGAUACAUUUAGGACAGAAGUCUUUCUGCUAAAAGGAGGCUACGACCGAUUUUCCACACAGUAUCCCGAUUACUGUUUGAAAACCAAAACAUUGGCCGUAUCCAGCCCUCAGUCCAAUGUGGAGACCAGCUGCACCUCCUGCGCAACUCCCCAGCAUGACCAGGGUGGGCCUGUGGAAAUCCUCCCUUUUUUAUUCCUUGGCAGUGCUUUCCAUGCAUCUAAAAAGGACGUGCUAGAUCGUAUGGGCAUUUCUGCUCUAUUGAAUGUAUCUUCAAACUGUCCAAACCAUUUUGAAGGGGAUUACCAGUACAAGUGUAUCCCGGUGGAAGACAACCAUAAGGAGGACAUCAGUUCUUGGUUCAUUGAAGCCAUUGAAUUUAUAGACUCUGUCAAAGAUUCCAACGGCCGUGUUCUGGUGCACUGUCAGGCUGGCAUCUCGCGGUCAGCCACUAUCUGCCUGGCGUACCUGAUGAAGAAGAAGCGGGUGCGUCUGGAAGAGGCCUUCGAGUUUGUUAAACAGCGGCGCAGUAUCAUCUCCCCCAACUUUAGUUUCAUGGGUCAGCUGCUGCAGUUUGAGUCUCAGGUGCUGGCCACUUCCUGUUCUGUAGAGGCCGCCAGCCCUUCCGCCACUCUAGGCCCCAAGUCUUCCUCCACCCCCACAUCACCCUUCAUCUUCAGCUUCCCCGUGUCAGUGGUGUCGCACAGCCAGCCCAGCAGCCUCACCUACCUACAAGGUCCCAUCACAACAUCGCCAAGCUGCUGAUACAAUGCGAAAAAAAACUGCACGCGCACACCGGGAAGGCCAAAUUUCUCUGACAAUAUUUCACUCGGCACAAUCACACGGUCGUUCCAGCUGAGCUGCAGCUUUUUUAUUUUUAUUUUUGACGGCUUCACUGGUAACCCGCCAUCAUCUAACUCACUUUGCAGUCUUUAUUGCGAAGAAUAGGUCGUAAUAUCCUGUGAGGACAGUUCAUCUCCUUCAUUUCCUGUGGUUCACUUCCAAAGACUUUUCAUUUGGGCAAGUGGGGAUGAAGUGCAGGAGGUCCUUCGACCCUGACAGGUUCUUCGCAUUGCAUCUGGACUUCCCAUUUAUCACUUCCUCUUUCGCAGGCCUUCCUGAAUUCCUUUAAUAGAGACAGCCGUGGCAUGACCUUUGGCAGGAAGUGUCAUUCAUCAAGUUGGUUUUGCAUUUGUCAGUGCCUUGUACAGAGAAGGUACACAAACACUUUUACUCACAUCUGCCCCAUUGCCUUUCCUUCAGAACAAUCGUGAACAAGACAUUCAAAGCAUUUCAAUCUGCAAUAUAGAUCCACUCAUGUCACAGAUCAGAGCAAUAACCUGAUUCUCCUUCCUCCCAGUCGCCACCAAAGCACUGUAUGGUCUGUUUUCUUUUGUUAUAUUGUUUGAUCAUGAUUUGAAAUGUCUGAUUUUCUUUGCCAAUUUGUACUGAGGAGAUCUCAUGAAUUAUUUCUGCUGUAUGCCUUACCAACUAUGACUGUGGCGUUCUUCCGCAUGGAAUGUUCUCAUUAAUAGACUAUUUAAGGAAUAGUUGAUAAUGAUGCCGGGUUAUACACUGAAACUUUUUACACUGGAGAUUGGGAUUAUUGGGAAGCCACUUUCCUACGAGUCAAUUUGGUUUUUAGUAUUCCCUUUUGAGAAGCUCUGUGAGGGGAAACAUGCCUUGAAGAGUCCAUAUAGCAGAUGGUAUAUGUAUGUGUGUUAGGACCUACUUUUUUAUGAGAUUGUGGGAACCUUUUAUAGCACUUUUAAGUGAUGCAAAAUUGAUUUGAGGUUUGUUUUGCACCUCGACGGAAUUGAAGUUAUAAGCAAGCAGCGUUCCCUCCCCCUUUUUUGGGCAUAUUACGUGGUCUGUUUGUCUGUCAAUCACUGAUGAGAUGAAUGCAAUAAUUUUUACUGUACUUGUGAAAUGUUAUUGUCUGACGGCUCAUGGCAAUAUCAUUCAGAGGGUUAAGUUUUUUUUUUAACUCUACCAUGUUGUUGUAUUAUUAUAUGUACAUUUUAUUUAUCUCACGAUUGUCAUUGUUAAAUAUAAAUUGUGUUCUUUAAUGAAAGUGUGGCGUGAUUUAAUUGUAUAGAAGAAAAAAAAAUCUACAGAUGAUGGAUCAUAUUUUGCUCUAUAGCAGUAGGCCUGUAAGUAAUAUUGCUAUCAUUUUGUAAAAUGAAUAGAACAUGAGCCAUCUCAUUAUUUCUUACAUGGACUAAGAAAAGAUAUAAAAGAAUAGGCCGCGCUAUUAUGCAGGAUAAGUGAAUUAGUAUUAUAUCUGAUAAAUGGGGAUAUGAUUUUGAAUCGAGUCAAUAGAUGCUCAUUUUAAAGAGUCACAGCGCCCUCUAACGUGUGUUCUGUUAGCUGAAUUCACGUCAUGGUCAAUUCUGACUCAUGUAAACAAUCCUUCUCACUUAUUUGACGAGAAGUUCGCUAAAAAACAAAACAAUAGCGACUUCCUUUAUUAUAUUGUUGCAUUUAACCAUCAGAGACACACUGUAGCUAAACUGUAACACCUUUAAAGCAAAUCAUUUUGCUAGUGUCUUUGAUUAAAUGUAGAAGCUGAAACACACAAACAUAGACACAACACUAUUUUUGGUCAUAUUUAAAGUAUCACAAUUCUCAACAUUUUUAGUAAGCAAUCGUAAAGAUGUAAAAUGAUGUUAAGCGUAGCUUAAUGUAAAUAUAUAGAGUUGCCUACUCUGGGAAACGACCCAACAGGGUCGCCAGCGUUUGACCAACGAAUUUCCAUAAAUUUCAUGACCUUUCCGGUCAAUUAUUACUGAAUUUUUAAUUUAAAUUUUAAUUCAGACGAAGUCAGUAUUGAAUGAAUCAUUCGGGCAAUUUUUUGAAGACGUUCAAAUGAUUCAUUGAAAAGAACCGACAGUUCACUCCACUCACAAAUCGAAUACCACUAUUAAGUGCAAAUACUUCGCAACACAAAAGAAAUGUGAAUUGAAUAUUUAAAAGCAGAGCAUAACCAGAACAUGUAUACUAUUUCCAUGAAAACAAUUUUAAAAUUACCUGAUAUUAUUUCCAUUUAUUUUGACUUUCCAUGAACGCAGCUGCACUGUAGGCCUCUAAAUAUGUAUUGUCAGGUACUUUACAGAGGUUCAGUAAAGUGUGUGGAUGUAUAUGUUAUUAUAACUGAUGAAAUUUUACAACAUUUAAAGCCCAGCAGACUUUCUUAAACUUAAAGUCAAAAUAAGCAUAAAUAUAUUUUUGUAUGACCAAUGUCUUCCUAAAAAACUCACAUAUUAAAAAAAAAAAAACCCCUCUCUGAGGGUUAAACUGACAGAACUAAAACAAGAAUUUAUUAUUUAAAUUAUACAAAUUAAAUCAAAUAUAUUACCAUUACAAAAAGGCUAUUGUACUGUGUAAAAAAAAAAAAAAAAAAAGUAUUAUACUGAAUAGGGGAACUGAUUAAGAUUUAGCAAGUGUGAAAAAAGACAACAGACAGUAUUUAUGACAUGUACUUUAUUAAGACCAUUUUACAUGAUUGAGGAGUGUUUGAUUAAUCCGCAGAUGGCUUACAGUAGAUAAGCCGCUUCUGAUUAUAGUUCACAGGAACAUGGAAAUAAAGUAAAAAUACAGCUCAGAGAAUUGAGAAAUAGUUCAGGAGUUAAUCUCCCAUGUAUUGGCUUGAGGGGAGCAGUGGACAUGUCUGUGCUCAUACUACUAAGAGAAGAAGAAAGGUCUGCGCUCUCUCUCUCUCUCUUGUUUGAACACAGAGAGUCCUGGAGUAAGGCAGAUGACCUCCAGUACACAUGUACAGAACCACAAACUACACCUGAGCAAAGCAACCAAACCAUGAGACAUCCAGAGGUAGAACCAUGUCCUUCAUUUCAUUCUGUAACAUGAACGCGAGUCAGCAGAGCUGCUGAUAUCAGUAGUGUGUAACAGUUAAAACGUUACGGAGACCCUCGUAAAAGAGGCGUUUCUCUGACGCCAGAGAAACAGGACUGGAAUGAACAAGAUUUAGGAAUUCCCGUGGUUGUGAUCCAAAACAAACCCAAAGCAAAAGGAGCGACUUCCAAAGCGGAGUCACAUGGUCGUCCGAAAAUAUAGAAGGAAAGAUCUGAAAGCAAGAAUUCCCACUUCCUUUACAGUACUACAGUAAUAAAACCCACUCUGAAUCAGUAAACAACAUUAAAAGCUAUACAAAGGCAUUGUCCAUUACACAACCUGUACAUUACUGGAAUUUUUUUUAACCUACAUCUUUUUUUAAAAUUAUUUUGAAUAACUUAAGUCCUGCUUAAAAGUGCAAAUUCUUAAAAGAUCGAUUUUCAGAUUAGGCUAUGACAAUGGAAUGGGACAUUCUGACCAGUAUUCCUGUGCAAAGAUAUGUAAAAAUAUGAGUAUUUGGGGAAAGAAAAAUUUUUUAAUAAUUUUAUUUAGCUAUUUUGUGGUCAAAGGCUUUUUUGAAUAGUUCUGGUCUCUGCAUCGACAUUCUCUUUGCUUUAAAACCCCUCUAAGGCUUUUUUUUUUUUUUUUUU